ACAGCUCUAGUUGCAUAGUAUUAUGACAGAGCUUACAGGUUAUAGUAUGUACUGCUCGGGUCAAUUGCGCUUAUCAACUCUGACAGAGAAUUAAUAUCACUAAGUUUGAUUGGUUCGUGUGUUGUUUGUUGUUAGAUGAAUGGGCGGUGAUAUAAACAGUUAUGUUAUAAACUAUGACUUGGAAUUUAAACAUAAUUUACUAACUACUUACAACUUUUACAAUUGCACAUGUUUCAUUCACAAUCGAGGAUAUGAAUUCUAGAGAUAAUACGUGAAAACAACGAAAUAAAAAAUGCGUAUUCUAAGAAACUUACAGUGCAAAUUCUUGGAUGUGUGGAACUUUGCAUGGUUAUUUUGGCUGUGUAGAAUCUGUAUGGCAUCAUGUCCUCUAGAUGUACAGACAUACACAACAGAUUGUUUUAGUAUCUACAAUACAAACUUAGAUCAUAUUCAAAUGACAGACAAGACAUUUUUCUUAGGUGUUCACAUAGAAGAUUUAAGACUUUUAUGCAGUUCAUAUCAAGAAGCGGUAAGAUGCGUACGUAAACUUCAUGACCAGUGUCCACCAGAAAAACAUAAUGACAUACGUGUUGCCUUAGUCAGUCUGGAAAACACACAAACAGAACCUUCACAACUUUGUAAAGAUGAUAAUAUGUUUGAUGUAUAUGCAAGAAGCCAAAGCUGUUUUACAACUAAUCAUGAUUACUCAGAACGAUGUUUUAAGAUUUCUAUGGGUAUGAAUGUCUCUUCCAUAAAUCAAGUUACCAACAAACCGUUAAACCAAUUUUGCAGCGAACUAAAGAGUUUGAAUACAUGCAUAAGUAACAACACUCAAUUAAAAUGUGGAAAAGAAGCUAAAAGUUUGGUUGAUGUUUUAAUCAGGGCAAGCAUCAAAAGGAGUACCGAAUGUGACAAUUUAGUGCCUUUAUCGCAAGCUUCGUCUCCAGAUCACAACGGACAAAAUUCAAACUCAGGGAGUUGUUUAUGGAAGAAUUAUAUACACAGAACACUUUUGCUAUGUUUAAUAUUUUUGAUUUUGAAACAUUCCAUACGAUUAUGACCUAAGCGGGAUAAUCACGUUUGAUAAUAUUUCAUCUGCUAUAGUAGAGUUGGAGUUGCUGUUCUUUAGCUUAUUUUGCAAUAUUUCAUUUUUUCGUUAUUUUGUUACAUUUGUUAUCAUUAUUAUUAUAUCUAUAUGUACAUGUUAAUCAAAGCAAAGUUGUUUUAUUUGUGAUAAAAUAUUUCUCAAAACACA